AUGCAGCAACAGGCUCAGGACAACCCCACGUCAAGGCAGGCAUCGCCAUUGAGGAAACUCAUCAACCAGCCGCCUGAGCCCGAGCCCGAGCCGGAAUCAGCGUCAAUGUCGGCGCAGGAGGUGUUGUCGCAGUUGCUUGGUGUCCAAAUCGAAUCUUGGCCUUAUUCGGAAGAAUCUUUAGAACAAUUGAUCCAGCUCAAGACUGAGCAGGAACGCACGAGGUCCGAGCAGUCAAAGUCGCGAAAUUUGGAAUUGGCUCUCGAACUGCUCAACCUUGCCCGCCAGGUGGGAAUUUCACCCGACCUUAUCCCGUUUCUGUUUGCCAAUGUUUCUCCAGACGAUGUUCGGGAACGCGUGGAGAACACUUUGAAAUACCACUCGCCCACGCCGGGUUACCAGACCCCACGAUAUCGCCCUGAAGACUCCCCGGCCCAGUCUUUCUCCCACCGCCGAUCCCACACAACAUCAAAUAUACCCUCGGUGGGGGGAGCCACCUCUGUGUGGAAAGUCAAUUUACCUCAACAACAGCAGUUCCAGUUCCACCACUGGCCCGGUCCCGGCGCAGUGGGGCCUAUCACGUCAAAGGGGUCAUCACUAGAUACAACAGCUUCCUCCGCUCAGUCAGCCACAACAUCCAACCUUCCUUACCCCAACACUCCGUCGGCCCCAUCCACCUCGUCCCCAUCGUACUCUGCUCACAAACGGAAGUUCUCGGACCCGGCCCAGCCAACCCACCAUCGCCAGCCGUCGUCGCCUACAAAAUCUCACUCUUUGUCGUUGGACAAACGACGCUCUAUAAAUAACCCGCUCGCGUCCCCAUACCCGUACCGCGAACCUUCCUACAGCGCAUCUUCCUAUCCACCGACCCAGACGACUAGCGUUGGCCCGACUUCUCGAUUUUCCCAGGCCGCGUCUCCGUACGCGGCCCGCCAACAACCACCCUACUACUACUCAUCCCCUUACCAUCAGCAGUCGUACCAGUUCCCCACAGGAAAGCCCCAGGAACCCACGCUGCCCCCACUACGAGCGCCCGACGACGACAAAUCCAAAAGCAAGUUUCUUAUCAACACCCCGAAAAAUCCUCCCAAAUGA